CCGCGGGGCCCCCGCGCCUACUCGUGCGCAAGAUGUUCACCAACAGCCGCGAGCGCUGGCGUCAGCAGAACGUGAGCGGGGCGUUCGCCGAGCUGCGCAAGCUCGUGCCCACGCACCCGCCGGACAAGAAGCUCAGCAAGAACGAGAUCCUGCGCAUGGCCAUCAGAUACAUCCGCCUGCUGAGCAACGUUCUGGAGUGGCAGAAGCAGCACGGCGCCGUCGCCCGCCACACGCUCGCGGCGGAGGACGGCGUGUCGACCACUGAUACUCAUCAAACACAAUCGUGA